AUGGAAAACGCAGCAGCUCAAAAAGUUGAAGAUGGCGGCCGUACGGACAGGAUAUCGAAGCUGCCAAAAGAUAUACUGUACCACAUACUUUAUUUCAUGUCGAAAAACGAGGCAGCUCGAACCUGCGUUUUGUCGAAAUCAUGGCGGCGUGUUUGGAUCAACCGGCUGAAACUUACGUUUGACGAGCGAUCGUCCUCGUUCGACGGACCUCACCGCACCAGAUUAUUCGUCUCCAGCGUGAACGAAGCUCUACAGUCGUACCUCGACAACCACAACAUUCAUCGUAUAGAGGAGUUUCACCUCAUCCUAAUGAACAACUCCGAAUCGAUCCUCCUUCUCGAGAAGUGGAUUCCGAUGCUCGACGCGACUCCCAUCAGGGAGUUGUGCCUUUGGAUCCUCCCAAAAUUAGGACGAAAAUUCCCCUACGUCGACGAUCUGCCCUCUGCGGUCUUCAAAUCGGAACGCCUCGCGAGGUUAUGUCUCUACAGGUGCAAACUGAGCCUCGAAAAGAUACAUUUCGCUCGACUGGAUAGACUCCGUCUAAGCUACGUGAAAUUCACCGAGCGCGUCUUCGAGAAUAUAGCGUCGAGCUGCCCUUUGAUCACAACGAUGUGGUUCAAAGAGUGCACGUGGUUCGAAGAGUGCGACGACGAAGAGGUGAAAACAAUUACCUUGGAGAAGAAGCUUCACAAAAAUCUCAAGCACUUCACUUUCAUCAACGACCGGGCCCACCGGAUGGACAAACGCAGAGUCGAAAUCCACGUCACAACCCUCGAGACAAUCCACGUUCACGGCUGUACGGUUCAAAUCCACGGCAAUAAGUUUCGCAAUCUGAAGGAACUGUCUCUGGGGGUCGUGAUACUAUUGAGGGAGUCGUUCGACUUUUCGUCGCGCCACGAAUUCCCUGUCCUCACAAGCUUGAGGCUUCACGGCACUCUUAGAUGGGAGUAUUUGAAUUUACGCAUGAACGCCCCGGAAUUAACAAGUAUCCGAUACGCAGCGCAGAUCGUCCCGGCCAUCACUUUCACUAGCCCGAUCUCGAGUCGUUGCACAUCGGAUAUAGUCAUCUUUCGGAUGCAAACCGACCCCGUGUCGUGGCUCCUCGAUCUGCACGCGUUCCUCCAAACGAUUAGCCGAUCUGAAAUUCGUCUCUGCAUGUGUAACGUUCUGGAAUUUGUCGAACGAGUGUUUGUUGAGAAUAAGCCGCCUGUUGUGGUGCAGGUAUUGGGAUUGAGCUUCAUGAAAAAUCGAUCAUAUUAUUUUCCGUCCUUUUUAAACGGUAUGUUUAGCGUUUGUAGUCCGAUGAUAAUAGUUCAGGAAUCAUUUAUUGAAGGAGAGGCUAAGUCGGAAAGGGAUCAGAAGGAACUCGUUAAGUUUUUGUGGGAGUUUCUAACGAAGAGAGACGGUACAUUUAGACGGAAACAAGAUUUGGAGGGGUUAUGGAUUGACAGGUUUGAUACGAAUGGACAACAUUGGAAACGUGCACUAUUGUCGGAAUGCGUAUUGCCGGAGAGUAAGAACCGUCUCCGCUUACGAUUGAAAUGGCGCGAGCGCAAAGCUAAUUGUGACGAUUCGACAAGUUAG